AUGGAGAAUACUAAAAAGGGUGGUAAUAUUUCUCUCUUGAAUUUGCCUGAAUCAACUUUGGAUUGCAUUCUCAAUCACCUUUCACCAAUAGAUCUCAUUAGGAUGUCUCAAGUGUGUACUUGUUUAAGGGAUAAAUGUCGAAGUGAUCCUUUGUGGGAUAACCACAUAAAACGGAAAUGGGGUAGAGUCAUUGGUGAUGCUACUUACAAGGAAUGGCAAUGGCACAUCACAAUAGCAAGGGAGAAAGGAAACCAAUUGAAUCAAGAGAUUAAUCAGAAUGGCUCACUAGGGUCUUUCAGUGGUUCUUGGCCUAUGCUAUGCCUUGGAUCAUAUUUAGAAGAUUGCAAGCAUCUCUAUGGCUCAAUGUCAAAUAACUUCAUGAUGUCUUUGUAUUUCUCUCUGGAGAGUGGCAAGUUUUGGUUUCCAGCUCAACUGUACCGGGGAUUACUAGUAAGCGACGCUUUGGUUAGAUAUGACCCCAAAUCUGACUCCUUUCAAGCAAGGCAACAAAGUGGUUGUUGGCGGCUUAUAGGGAACGACAUCCACUGGGAUGAGCUGAGAUCUCCCUCAUGUGUUGGUCACGUGUUUGAAUGCUUAGAAGACUUAAAGCCUGAGGAUCACAUAGAGAUCCAAUGGAAAGCAAGCGAUGAACUUCCUUAUGAAUGGUGGUAUGCUGUUAUUGGUCACUUGGACUUGUGCAAUGAAAAUGAGAAUUACUGCCGUUGUCAUAAUUCUGAGACGCUGAUCGUAGAGUUCAGACAAUACCCUGAAGAGUCAAACAUGAGACGAGUAAAGCUACUCAGAAAUAAUAACAGGGAACUAGGUAACAAUCUGGUCGGACUCUAUGGAAGAAUUAGAAAGCUUCACGAUGAGGAUGAGAUUCAAAGAUGGAAGAAUCUCUAUUCAAAUCAUUGA